AUGGCGAGCAUAUUUGGGAGUGCGGCGACAACCACCACGGCUGCUGCCGCCCCAGCGAGCAGUACCCAGGGCGACUUGAAAGGGGAUCUAGAGCUGGUAUCUCCUCCCGAUGACAGCAUUCAAGAAAUAGCCUUCUCGCCGAAUGCCGAUAUGCUAGCCGUCGCGUCCUGGAACAAAAAGGUCCAAAUUUACGAAAUACAACAGAAUGGGAGUUCGGCUGGGAAGGCAAUGUAUGAGCACGAAGGGCCCGUCCUAUCGGUCUGUUGGUCUAAGGAUGGAUCCAAAAUAUUCUCCGGCGGUGCCGACAAAGCGGGUCGAAUGUUUGACGCAUCUACGGGCCAGAGUACCCAAGUUGCUGCUCACGAUGCCCCCGUUAGGUGCGUCAAGGUCAUCGAUAUACCCGGCGCUGCUGGCCCGAUACUUGUGACUGGGUCAUGGGACAAAACCAUCAAGUAUUGGGAUUUACGUUCUCAGAACCCCGUUGUGACAGUAAACCUUCAGGACCGUUGCUACACAUUAGAUACCGCCCUUAACCUGAUGGUUGUCGGAACUGCAGAUCGCUAUAUCGAUAUCUUUAACCUUUCGAACCCUGGAACCAUUUACAAGACCCUCCAGAGCCCUUUAAAAUGGCAAACAAGAGUAGUAUCCUGUUUCCCCAAUUCCAGCGGGUUUGCCAUUGGAAGCAUUGAGGGAAGAUGUGCGAUCCAGUACGUUGAAGAAAAAGACAAUAGUUUGAAUUUCUCAUUUAAAUGCCAUCGCGAGAACCCACCAAAUCAACGGGACAUAACAAACGUCUAUUCUGUCAAUGCAAUUUCAUUCCAUCCGACCCACGGUACCUUUUCUACCGCAGGUUCAGAUGGUACAUUUCAUUUCUGGGACAAGGAUGCGAAGCAUCGACUCAAAGGAUAUCCUGCUGUCGGAGGUACCAUAUCUUCAACUGCGUUUAAUCACAAUGGUAGAAUAUUUGCCUAUGCUGUUAGCUACGAUUGGUCGAAGGGUUAUCAGGGCAAUACUCAAGGCUAUCCGAAUAAGGUCAUGCUUCAUCCAGUCAAGGACGAAGAAGCCAAACCUCGACCUCCUCAAGGAGGCAAGAAGAGAUGA